AAAUUUCCUAAUUGCAUUUUUCUUGGUGAAAAACGCGCCGUUUUCAAGACCAUCGACGCGUUAAUGAUUUUUUCUUGCUCUCAAUUCCACCCCUCCCCCCCUGAUCAUUUGGACUCGAUAAACGAUAAAAGUGUCUUAACAAACGUAAACAUGAUUCGGUGCCAAUAUACUAUUAAAAUUACAUUGGAAAAUGUUGACAUUUUCUACGUUUCAAAUUUGGGACAAUUGCAGCAAUUCUUCAACGAAAUGGAACAUUUUGGGGCUUUCAAAAGGCGACAGACACAAGAGAGAACGAUUUGCCUAUUAAUGUCCAUAUACCUACCGGCUGUGCUUGCUCACUUGGACUGUGUUUUAUUCGUUUACGGAACGUUCCCCCACCCCGCUACCCUUUUCUCAAUUAAAACGUGGACGAAACAACCACCCCCUCCAAAAAAAUCUAGAGAAUCGUUCGUGUGCGUCGGUAUCAUGUUGGACGUGAAAGAGGAUGCGGAACAGUUGAACGCUGAAGAUUCCGUUAAGUGCGAACCGACGGUGGGAUCAUCCGAUGGCCGUCAUGAAACGGCAAUCAUCAAACCUUAUUUGAAAUUCGGUGUCAGCGCUAUUUUGGGAUUGGACAUUCAUCACGAACCUCAAUCACCGCAAGACGCUACUAGGUCGUCUCCCGUCCGGCCGGAAGAGUUUGCCCAGCAAUUGAAAGCGGUUCAGCCUGACGUUCAUCACGCGUCGUCUUUGCUUAGCGAGCACAGCGACACGUCUAAAAAUGUCUCGUUUCAUCCCGUCUAUCAUCUGCACUCCUAUUUCCAUCCGCUCAUCCAGCAGCAAACGGCCAAUAAGCCGAAUUUUUCAGAUCGACUUGCGGGAGAAAUCAGGGCCGGAUUAAAUGCGGAUAUUUCUGCCCGUCAACACACGUCGAAUUUGGCGGGUUCGUCGUCGACGUAUCCGUGGCUCCAAGCGGCCGCCGCAGCGGCCGCUUGUGUUACCAAUCAAAUGGCCAAUUCCGUCUACAAUCCGUCGAUGGUCCAGCAACAUCCUCCACCGACGUCGGGAUUGAAUCAAUCAUCGCCGUACUACAAUUUCAAUGUCAUCAACUUGGCUGCGGCCGCCUCGUCCAGCACUAGCGGUGCUGGUCCAGCUAACAACUCGGCCAACCGGCCGAGAGCCCGUCGAGGAAUGAUGAGACGGAGCAGUGUUUUCCGAAUUGCAACGCCGCGGCCUGGAACGCCGUUUCCAAAUUCAGAAAUACAUUUCCAAGCCGGAACGCAAAAAACUGGCCGAGAAAUUGGGCCUCAAGGAUUCUCAGGUGAAAAUAUGGUUCCAAAACCGACGCAUGAAAUGGCGCAAUUCAAAAGAGCGCGAAUUGUUGGCCAAUGGCGGGUCGAGAUCGCAGACAUUGCCAACCAAGAACAAUCCGCAUCCAGAUUUGAGCGAUUCGGAAAUAGAAAGAGCCGCCCGCCAUACGUCAUUCCACCAUUUGAAAUCGAGCAACCAAUCGGCGCCAACCAAUGAAUCGAUUAGCGCCACCUGUUGCCUCGAUGAAAUCCGUUGAAGAAGAAAAUAAUAAUAAAUUUCUAUUGGUUUUUCUUUUAUUUGAAAAAAGAAAAGAAAAUGAACACGACACGUAUUUUGUUGUCCCAUCCCUCGCUACCAUGUGCUAUUAUUUAUUAAUAAUAUUUUAAAUCAUUUAAGAAUCGAUUCAAAGUCAAAUGUAAACAUUUUCUCGAUUUCACUCGCUUCCACAUGUUUUGAUUUCUUUUCAUUAUAAAUCCACCCAUUUUUGUUUGUCAAUGUCAAUGUGUGCCAAAUAAUUGUCUGUUGAUAAUAAAUCAACAAUAAAAAAUAAAAAAGGAUAAAUAAAAGUCAUGAUUGGAUGAUGUAA